AGUGACUGCAUUAAAGAUGAGAAGAAAGUGAGUGCAUUAAUUUAAUUUAAUUUAAUUUUGACAAGGUCGACUGAAAUUGAAGAACAUUGAGUUUUGGGGAAAGUGGGAAAUCUGGCUUCACAAAUACUGAAACGCCUAUUCCCACCGGGAAGUAGAUCACGCCGCCGCCAAUUGAGUCUAUCUCCUCCCAUCGUUAUGGAUCUGAAUCCCUUUAGGUUUUGCUCUGGACUAAAGUUCCUCGGCUAUUUUAUGAUCAUCCUCGUCUUUGCUUUAAUUGCUAUUUCCUACGACGCCGUCAUCGUCCUCACCUGCGGACCCCAUCUUCUUCACGGCGGCUUCAAAUCCUUCUUAUCUUUCCUUGUCCUCACUCUUUUCCACCUCCUGCUUUUUUUAUUGGUAUGGAGCUAUUUUAUGGUUGUGUUUCGGGACCCUGGUGCCGUUCCUGCGAACUGGAGAGUGUUACCUGAUCAGAAUGUUGAACAAGAGAACUUUGUAUCUUCCAGUUCUUUAGCAGCAGACGACAAUUCAGCCAUGGCCUCAUCUUCAGAUGGGAUAGAAAAAAGAUCUGCACCAGGUUAUUGCAGUCGGUGCCAAAACGGCAAGCCACCAAGAUGUCAUCAUUGCUCUGUUUGUGAACGAUGUGUUCUUAAGAUGGAUCACCACUGCAUAUGGGUUGUCAACUGUGUUGGAGCUCGCAACUACAAAUUUUUUCUCCUAUUUGUGCUAUAUACUUUUCUGGAGACAUUGAUGGAUACUCUUGUGCUGCUUCCUGGUUUUAUAAACUUUUUUCAACAAGCUAACCAUCAUUCUAGCUCUCCCGGAAAGCUGGCAAUCACCUUUUUGGCCUUUGUUUUGAAUCUAGCUUUUGCUCUGAGCCUUCUCUGUUUCGUGGUUAUGCAUAUCUCACUGCUGUUGAGCAACACAACCUCGGUGGAGGUUCAUGAGAAGAAAAAAGGUAUGCAGUGGAAGUAUGACUUGGGGUGGAAAAAGAACAUCGAGCAGGUUUUUGGCACUGAAAAGUUGAUGUGGCCCUUUCCGCUGUUGUCAAAGCAAGACCUGGAGAAGGUACCUGCACUUGAUGGUCUAAAUUUUCCAACACGCUCAGAUGUUAACGUAUAAGUUAUUUCAUUUGUGAGUGUCGUCUUAUCGGCUAGCUCAAGAACCUCUCUUUUCAGAAUUCAGAUUAUAUAUGUAAUUGGGUUAGGUUCAUCAUAUUUGUUUUUCUAUUAUGUAAUUUAAUUACCACCAUUAUUGAUGAAAUGUAUAUUGAAAGGUACAUCGUAAGUAAGACUUGCUGUAAAUCAACAGAAAAAAAUCAUCUGUCUUUGUUAACUAUGCUAGGGCGGGAACAUUGCCCUCCAAAUAUUAUUGUUAUUAUUUUUUAAUUUGAUUAAUUAUCCGAUUAGUUUAUAAA